UAUAACUUGUUCAUUUUUCAUCUAAAACCAUAUAUUAACACUUAAUAAACCUACGUUUAUUUUUUCUUUCUAAAAACAAAGAACCAACGUUUAUUUAGUUUCUGCUUAUCAAGGUUCAUAUAUAUGUGGUUGAAGAAUAUGAAUUUUGAGGCAGUUUCUGAUGAAGUAUUGGGAACUUUUGUCCCAAUUAUAGUGUAUUGGAUAUACUCUGGAAUGUAUAUUCUCUUGGAAUUGUUACUUGGUGAGAAGUAUCGUUUACACUCAAAGAACGAUGAGAAUGAAAAGAAUGUGGUGCCCAAAAGAGUUGUGAUAAAAGGAGUUCUUAUUCAACAAUUUCUUCAAGCUAUGGUUGCAAUCACAUGUUAUAUGGUUAUUGGGAAUGAUGGAGAGAAUGUUGUCGUAGAUGAAAAUAGUAGUUCUCUAAUUAAUUUGAUAAGGCAAUUUUUUAUUGCUAUGGUUGUUUUGGACACUAUGCAAUACUUCAUGCAUCGGUUUAUGCAUCAAAAUAAAUUCAUGUACAAGCACAUCCACUCUCAACACCACCGACUCAUUGUGCCCUACGCUUUCGGAGCUCUAUACAAUCAUCCUUUAGAAGGACUUUUCGUCGACACAUUUAGUGGUGCAUUGGCAUUUUUAGUAUCUGGGAUGUCUCCUCGAGCUUCCAUUUUCUUCUACACAUUUGCUACUAUAAAAGCUGUGGACGACCAUUGUGGGAUAUGCUUACCUUGGAAUAUUUUUCACGUCAUUUUUAAAAAUAAUACUGCUUAUCACGAUAUACACCAUCAAUUUUAUGGUAACAAGUACAACUUCUCUCAACCUUUCUUUGUUAUGUGGGAUAAAUUGCUCGGAACUUACAUGCCAUACUCUGUAGAGAAGAGAGUAGAUGGAGGAUUGGAAGCUCGACCUGUUGUUAGUUACAAGUGUGUAUGAAACUAAAUUACAAUAUUUUGUCUAAAUCUUUAUUGUUCCAUUGUCUUUGUUAGAUGUGUUGAGCUAAAAAAAAGACAAAGAGAGUCAAACCAUACUCCACCAACUGAUGUUCUUCAUUAUUAUUAUAAAAUUCACAGGAUGCAAUAUGGCAUGUUAUGAAGAAAAUAUAACUUGGUGGAUUCAAGUUGCACUAGAAUGUUAUAUAUCUUACCUAUCUUAUAUGUUGUUUUCAAGAAUGUUGUUGCCAAAGGAGUUAUAAUAGUAAU